AUGGCGACAUCCUCCCAGUACCGUCAGCUGUUGAGGGACUAUGGGCCACCAUCGCUAGGCUGUACCCAGGGAACUGGGAACAGCCAGGUGCCUCAGAGCAAAUAUGCCGAGCUGCUAGCCAUCACUGAAGAACUGGAAAAGGAGAUCAGACCCACAUAUGCAGGGAGCAAGAGUGCCAUGGAGCGGCUCAAACGAGGCAUCAUCCACGCUCGAGGGCUGGUUUGGGAGUGCUUGGCUGAGACAGAACCAGAUCCUAAUCUCAUUAGAUCUGAAGCUUCUGACUCUGAGGACUUGGAGUGCACACUGACAGCGCGCUUCACUCCUAGCUGGCUCACUUGCCACACCAUAGAUCCUGCUCAACAGAGCUUUGCUUAA